AUGGAGCAGCGAAAGGAGAUCACGAUGAGUCGAUUGCAGAGGUUUCUGGUCGUUUCACUAAUCGCGGUUUUUGUCGCGACCCUCGCGCCGGCGGCCCUGGCGGAGAGCUACAAGUUCGGCGCCUCGAAGCCGGGCGGUUCCUGGUAUCCCAUCGGGACCGUGUUGCAGCGCCUGGCAGACAAGAACUACGGCGACAAGGUUACCGUGGAAAUCGGCGGCGGUACGGGCAACCUGCUGAACGUCAUGUCCGGCAAGUUGAGCUUCGGUCUCGCCAGCGCAACGAGCAUUCAGGAGGCCCUCAAGGGGGCGAAGAUGUUCAAGGGGAAGGUGGCGCAGGCCAAGAAGGUGCGCGUGGCCGCGGUGCUUUACCCCAACUACCUGUUCUGGUUGGUCUGGGCCAAAUCCGACGUCACGUCGUACCAGCAGCUCAAGGGCAAGAAAGUCAACGUCAUGCCCAAGAGGUUCUCGUUUCAGGCGCUGAACCAACAGAUGCUGGGCGCCCUCGGCAUCGAGUACAAGGACUUCUCCAAGGUCAACUAUCUCGGCUUCAACGACGCCGUGGCUCAGAUGAAGGACAACCAUAUCGACGCCUACCUCGGCCCCGGCGAGGAGAACUACGCGCCUAUCGUCCAGUUGGCGACUCACGCGCCGAUCCGCAUUCUCUCGUUCUCCAAGGAGGACGUGGCGAAGAUGAAGGCGGCCAAUCCUGGCGUCGUACCCUUCACGUUGGACAAGACGAACUACAAACAGAAGAACGACGUGAACACCGUUCAGACCUUCCUGCUCAUCAUUACGAACGAGGACGUUCCGGCAGAGCGCGUUUACAAGCUCACGAAGACCAUCUACGACAAUCUGGGCGACUUCGCCGGAGCCGUGAAAGCCUUCGAGCGGGUCAAGGUGGCCAACGCCACCGGCGACAUGGGCGCACCGCGGCACGCCGGCAUGGACCAAUACCUGAAGGAGAAGGGACUCCUCAAGUAG